AUGAUAGAAUCGUCGGCGUGGAGUUCGAAAAAGGACGAGACUAUAUAUAAAGCGGCGGGUUCAAUACAUCUGCGAAAGUACGGGCAAUUCUUUGAGAAUCUAGCCAAACAGACAUGGAAGAAAGACUCUACGCUGGAGUAUUUCAUGGAGGGACCGCUUCGGCUUGUCUACAAGCCUGUCGAAAAUAUCAGCUUGAUAAAUCUAAUAGAAAUGGAAAACAAAUACUUGUCGAAGUUACUCGCGGCUGUCGCCGGUACCUGCCGAGAGAUCAGACUGCUCGUGAUGGAAGCGAAAACAUUUUAUAAGAAGUUGGUAUGGACAGUAGCGCACUUGACGACAGAACAGCUAUCUAGUCUGGCGGGUGAUUCUAAUGAUAUUUAUUUACCUGUGUUAAUAGAGCACUUUAUCGACUUGUUCAUAAUCGUUCUGACGUUAGACGAGAUCGUCGAGUCCCAACCAUCGCUGUUGGAACAAUGGAAGAAAUACAGAAUGAACGUGCGCUCUAUUAUGCACAAUCCGUUGCAGUUCGGUUUAAGUGAAUCCAAACUGCAUACGUUCAACAAGUUGUUGAAAGAUCUACAGGAGAACUUGCUAAAGAAGGUUCUGUUUGCCAAAACAAUUGAACGUGUGAUGGAUGUAAAUAAAGGAUCCAUAAUGAGCGAGCAGAUCGUUAAUUACUUGAAACACUUAAUGGUAGACAUAGAGAAUAAGCCGAAUGACUAUGUCUCGCUGAAUAAAAAUUGGAUCAAAAUAAACGUUGGCAUUGUUGUGACAACAAAAUUAUUUGGCACUUGCGAUAGAAGGUUGAUCAGAAGGGUGCUCGAAAAUAAUAAAAAGUUUUAUGCUGUAAAUUUGAUUGGAAAUGUUAUAUGGAUUCCGAGUAAAUUUCUGAGUGAUUUUUUGCCGAAAGAAGCUGGUAAUGCUGUUAGUCAGCAAAUAGGAGAGAAGAUAUUGUGCUUGAGGAUACAGAAACUUUCUCAGACUGUCAAUAGCUUAAUUCACAAAGCGGUAACAUGGUGCAUCGAAAUGCAAAGUAUCCUGAUGAAAACAAGUCUCCAGAUUUCGGACAUUGGGCAGAAACAGACUUUGCUAAUCGAUUUAGUUGCUUUGUUGUCGCAGAUCAAAGAAAUUGUGUCUUUUAUAAUAAAUAUGCAUGCAAUUCUUAUUAAACCAAUGAAUCGUAUCACUGUUCAAUUAAUUUGCAGAUUGAUAGAAGUACAAAAGUCUCUGCAGACUACAUUUUACAUACUGGGACCAGUUAUAGUGCAGUCACAAAGUCAAGUAUUACAAUAUUUGAGUUAUUACAUUUUAAUUACAUUGGAAACCGCUCGAAAGAGUUUAAUUCAGAAGGAUAAAGGUUACAGCAAAGAAAAACUGGAUGCAUUGUCACUAGUUGGUUUAAGCAUGAGAUUGUUAAAUGGACCACCAAGUGCAGAUAGAAGAUUGAUAAUCAGAUGUGCUCUAGCCUGUGCUAGUCAAUUAACAGAUACCUUUAAGGAAGAAGAUAUGAUGAAAUUGAGAUUUUCAUUAAACAAUUAUGAUACUGUCGCUGAAUUGCAUAGUAUUAUAACGGAUACUUGUGAUUACUCUAUAUUACUGUAUCAUCAGAACAUAAUACCAGCCUAUUUCUCUUCCGUAAUAGACAGUAAUUUAAGUAUAAAUCACGUAGUUCAUUUAUUUAAUGCAUUUAACAGCACCAUUAGCGAACAAGAGGGAUUAAAUUUAAAACACAAAAGAAUUACACAGUUGAGAGAAAUGUUAACGAAAAAUAUAUUGGAACCUGUUUGUCACGAGAUUGAAACUAAUCUGAGACUUCAUGUUCACGCACAUUUAAAGUUAGAUUCUAUAAAUCCGUUUAAUAUCGGGGCAAAAGAUGGUGGAAGAAUAGUACGAGCAUUACCUCUACCUUUAGCGAACAGUAUGAUAUAUGCUAAAAGAUUCAUUGAACAUUACCUCGAUGACAUGUUUUACAAUCUCACCACAGUGGCACUACACGAUUGGAGAACGUACAGAAUGAUGCAUGCCUUGGCACAUUAUAAGUUAAAUCUGGACACUGUACAAAAUCAUUUGCCAACGCAAACCUUGGAACAAGGCCUGGACGCUUUGGAAAUUAUGAGGAAUAUUCACGUAUUUGUUUCAAAAUACCUAUACAAUUUAAAUACUCAAACCUUCAUCGAACAUACUAGCAACAACAAGCAUUUAAACACCAUUGGUAUUCGACAUAUAGCGAAUUCCAUCAGAACGCAUGGGACUGGUAUCAUGAGUACAACAGUUAAUUUCGUGUAUCAGUUUCUUCGUAUAAAGUUGCACACGUUUUCACAGUUUCUUUUCGACGAGCACAUAAAAUCGAGAUUAAUGCGGGACAUAAGAUUUAUCAAAGCUCAACGGGAAAAUGGGACAACGCUAUACACGUACGAAAGAGCAGAGAAAUUUCAAAAAGGAAUUAGAAAACUGGGCAUGACACCCGAUGGAUUGAGUUAUCUAGAUCAAUUUCGACAAUUGAUAACUCAGAUUGGAAAUGCACUGGGAUAUGUACGAUUAAUUAGAUCCGGUGGAUUGCACGCUAGUUCAAACGCCAUUUCAUUUCUACCAAACAUCGAUUCGUCCGUACCAUUCGAACUAAUGUGUAAAAAUUUGAAUUAUAGCACGACCACUCAAGCAGCGGCAAAGUGUUUGGAAAAUGAUAUUGCAAAUUUAGUGCGAAAUUUCACAGAAGGAAUACAAUACUUCAAGCUCCUUGUUGACGUAUUCGCGUCCGCUUUUCGAGACACUGCGUCACAUCAUCUGCAACAAUUUUAUGCCAUUGUACCUCCAUUAACGUUAAGCUUUGUGGAUAAUUCGAUAUCGAAUAAAGAGAAAAUGUUCAAGAAAAAUCAAACGGGUGCAGCUUUUACUGACGAUGGUUUCGCAAUGGGAAUCGCCUAUAUAAAUGCCCUAUUAGAUCAAUCGUCGGAAUUGGACAGCUUACAUUGGUUCAAAACAGUUGAGCAACAUAUAAGCGCUGAACAACGGGCUGCAGAGAGUAAAAAUGUUCAGGGUGAUGAAAAGUUGCAACAAACAAGGGCAUUAACGUUAAAACGCUUAGGUGAAAGGAGUGCUGAAUUUCAAUUGCUCUACUAUAGUUUAUCUGGCGCUAGAGUGUUUUUUAAACAGUCUGAUACGUAACGUACCAGGUGGUAUUGAAAAUUCCAUAAACUGUGUUGUUGAAUUAAUUAAUUAAAAAUGUGAUUGAUGAAUAUUUUUGUUUCAUAUUUUUCAUUGCUAAUGUAUAGAGAAUGUCAAAUUGUAUAUUAUAAGAUACUAUUGUGCUUUAUAAAAAACAGCUCUAAAACAUUUUAUAUGCUAUAAAUUUAUUUUCAUAAUCCUUUUGUAAUUUGUAUCAUAUGCGCAAUGAAUAUUCGUGCAGCCAACCAAUUUGGACAAAAACUUUGUAAAACACUGUUUAUUUACGACAUUCUAACAAACAAAAGAUGUGUAAAUUUUCAUUCUAAACAUUUUUUGGAAUGCGUACACAUUUUUUAUUCAUUAAAGUGUUUUAAAUGAAUAAAGUUCUACGACAUUUUUGUCGAAAUUGGCUGUAUUGAAUACUUUUUUACAUGCAUUGUAUAUUACAAUAAUGAGAAAAUAAAAAUACAGGAUAAUGUGUCAAAUGAGUUUGAACUUAUUAAAGAGACACUAAAAAUUACAUCAUUUAUUUUUAUAUAUUAAAGUCCAAUAUUUUUAGCUUUGUUCUCAUGCUUGUAGCAUAUACUGUAUUUAAUUAUACUUAUUUAUAUAUAAAGGUCUUCUACACCAACAUUAUAUAUAUAUAUACACACACA